CAUCAAGCGGAAGCAAUGCUGAGCAUAUUAAGAAGAUAUUCUUGGCACUCGUUUGCAGUAGUUACUACGCAGAUAGGUGGACAUGAAGACUUUGUAAGAGCAAUUAGGGACAUUAUGCAGAAAACUCUAUAUAACGAUUUUAAAUUUACAAUAGUGGAUAUUGUUACCAUCAAAGGUACCCACCGGGAGGAAAUUCUGAACGAAAUGGGAGAUCUGGCUGAUAGCGAAGCUAGAAUAAUGCUGCUAUUUGCCACACGACAAGAAGCUAUAGAGAUCAUGGCUGCUGCUCAGGAACUGGGAUUGACGGGGAAGAAUUACGUGUGGAUUGCCGCUCAGUCAGUUGUUGGAACAAACUUAGAUACUCCGUCGGAUCAAUUCCCAUCUGGAAUGCUAGGUGUGUAUUUCAAUACCACUAUGCACAGAUUAUGGGAUGAACUCGAAAGAGCUGCCAUCGUGUUUGGUCAUGGUUUGGAGCUUUUCACGAGUGACCCAAAAAAUGCUAACAUCAGUUUGACACCAAACCUGACGUGCAACGGAACUGGUCAACCAAGAUGGAAUAGAGGCGAACUACUUUUUAAAUACUUAAGAAGCGUCAAGUUCAGAGUAAAAACGGGGCCUGAAAUAAGCUUCAAUUUAGAUGGCUCACUGAAAUAUGUGGAGCUUCAAGUCCUGAAUCUCAACAACAAAAGCAUAUGGGAAAAGAUUGGUGUAUGGACAGAUACAGGAUUAGAUAUCAAGGAUAUUGUUUGGCCUGGAAACAGUCCCGUUCCACCACCAGGAGUGCCAGAAAAGUUCAACCUUAAAGUGACCUUUUUAGAUGAGCCACCCUUUGUAAAUGUACUUCCGCCAGACAACGAAACUGGAGAAUGCACAAUCAGCAGAUCUGUUAGAUGUCGCAUUGCUCCAGAACACAAAUUGUUUGGAAUUAACCAUUCCAUGGCUAUUAAGAAUCCCAAUCUGUACAGAUGUUGCUCCGGGUUUUGCAUCGAUCUGCUUCAAAAAUUUGCUCAUGACUUAAAGUUUUCCUAUGACCUUUACCGAGUGGAAGAUGGUACUUGGGGAGUCUUAAGUCAAAACGGAACUUGGAAUGGACUGAUUGCAGAACUGUUGCAACAUAAAGCUGACAUUGUCGUGACCUCUAUCAAAAUCAACUCAGAGCGUCAAACAGCUGCAGAUUUCACAGUACCGUUCCUGGAAACAGGAAUUGCCAUAGUGGUUGCCAAGCGGACUGGGAUAGUAUCUCCUAAAGCUUUUUUAGAGCCUUUUGAUACGAUGUCGUGGGUAAUGAUAUUGUUCAUUAGUAUUCAAGGAGCAGCUUUUGCUAUCUUCUUGUUUGAAUGGCUCAGUCCUUACGGCUACGACAUGAAAAUGCUACCUCCCAGGGAGGAUCCGUUUGACAAGAGGAAAAAUCAUAAAUUUUCCCUCUUUCGGACGUACUGGCUAGUGUGGGCCAUCCUGUUUGGAGCUGCCGUCAACGUAGACUGUCCCAGAGGCUACACGGCAAGAUUCAUGUCCAAUGUGUGGGCGAUGUUUGCUGUCGUGUUUCUCGCCAUAUAUACCGCCAACUUGGCUGCCUUUAUGAUAACAAGAGAAGAAUACUACGAUAUCUCUGGAAUUGAUGACAAAAGGCUGACUCAUCCACAUAACACGGACCCGCCCUUUCGAUUUGGAACUAUCCCCAAUGGAAACACUGAAGCCGUUUUAAAACGGAACAAACCCCACCUUUACACCUGGAUGCGAAAAUUCAACAGGUCUUCAGUUCGCCUUGGAGUUGAUUCUGUAAAAAAAGGAGAUUUGGAUGCCUUUAUAUACGAUGCCACCGUUCUUGAGUACCUUGCUGGCCAAGAUAAUGAGUGCCGUCUGUUAACCGUUGGGUCGUGGUACGCCAUGACUGGCUAUGGUUUUGCCUUGCCCAAGAAGUCCAAGUAUCUCAGUAUGUUUAAUAGAGCUAUGAUACAAUAUAGGGAAAACGGAGAUCUUGAAAGAUUGCAAAGGUUUUGGCUACAAGGUGCUUGCAAACCGACUCGAAACAAACGCAAUGUGAGCAAACCCUUGGAUGUAAAUCAGUUUAUGAGUGCAUUUUUGCUGCUAGGCAUCGGAGUCGUAUUUACAAUACUGGUUUUACUUUUGGAGCACAUAUACUUCAAAUACUUGCGCAAGCAUCUAGCCAAAAAGGAUGCGGGAGACUGCUGUACGCUAUUGAGCUUAAGUAUGGGAAAAUCACUUAGUUUUCGUGGAGCCGUUUACGAAGCCACGGACCUCAUUAAACAUCACAGGUGCAAAGAUCCAGUCUGCGACACAAUGCUAUGGAAAACCCGUCACCAACUGGACAUGGCGAAACUGAAAAUAAGACAGCUUGAGGCCAACAUCAGGGAGACGCUCAAUUCUCCCACACAAUUAAGCUGGUCACCGGAUUACACAAAACCACGAGACAUGACUCAUAACUUCAUCUUGAGCAACGAACCACCACACACCAAUUUUUCACUUCCACCUGCUUAUAGAACUCAUCCUCUGCACCCGUAUGGCCCACAUUACGUGAAAAACUUCAACGACAUGGAAAUUGCAGAAAUAGAAACUGUCUUAUGA